AUGUCCGAUACACCGCCGCCAAAACGUCAUUGCUCCUCAAGAGUGAAGUCCUUCACCACAUACUAUCCGACCAAAAAGUACUCGCCACACAUUUCUCAUUCCCCCUCCUACUCGACCGUCUCCUACUGCUACCCGCUUUCCCUCUUGCCCCUGGCGACGAUCAGAGUUUACCAGUCCCGCGAAUUCACACCUAUGAGGGCUCCAUGUCGCAAAUGCGCGCGCCCCGCCGAGAUCGGGCUCAUCCUACAGAAGAUAUUUCUCACCGUUGAACGGCUGGUCAGUGGGGGGGUGGGCAAGCUGAGCCAAAAGGAGAAGAAUGAGGAGAACCACUGGGCGGUUAACUAUGAAGCGGGAAUUCUCGAACCAACGCUAUUCGGCGGUGGAGGGUUCAAGAGCGGGAAGUUGGCUGACAGCCCAUAUUUCCCGUUCGAGGGCGAGAGGGGAGUGGAGGAGUUUGGGUUGUUUAUACGAGGCCUAUAUGGGAUGGUUCUGCAUAGUAAUGGUGAUGGCAAUGGUGGUGGUGGUGGAAUCACGAAGGGGAAGGGGAAGGAGGAGGAGACCCGAUUGGAGACCCCGAGGAAAGUAUCCAAGGCGUCCUGCAGAACAACACCGCCAGCAUCUUCUCCGCGCAUGUUUUCACGAACCUUCAUGUCCCCGCCUCCCUCCCGACACUCCGAAACCCCAACUGGGACCCCCGAGGGAGAGGGCACUAUACCGGACUUCAAUAACCUAAAAGUGUUAUUCCCCCUAUUGGACAAACUUGAGCGUGGAUCCUUUGCGGCAGCACAAAUGAUGGAGGCAUUUGCCGACAUAGUAAUUGGCCAAAGAUGCGGCAACUGUUGCGGCUGGAAUGUCCAGAGGCCAGGAGUUCGGGCAUCGCCUGUAUCUUCGGGCACUGUGGAGCCGGAGAGAGAGGCGGAUCUCGAAGACGAGGACGAUAGAUCUUCUGGGACGGCAUUUUCUGAACGAGUUCUGCGAGAGUAUACUCCUUCGACUGUGGGGCGGGAGGAAAGGCCUAUGCUACAGGGUGCUCCCAAGAAAAACUCAUCAUCGAACUUGAUAAACGACCCUACGGCAAAAGCACGAGGGGAGGUCACUCGCGGCUUGUGCACCCCAAAACGUGGCAACGGACCAAUCCCCGAGGAUCCUGUGUCGGAUAGGUGGUACGCUUUUAUAACCCCUAAGGCCGAGAGGAGGAUCAGACUUGAGAACCCUGGAGAGGAUGUCAAGGCCACGAUAAAGGAGGAGGAGGAUUGAAUUGGCGCCACACAGUGAUCCAGAUGAGUGCCUGCGGCGUUUGGAUAUCAAUUGUGCGGGAUAUGUCUAUAUAUAAUGAUCAUUAGAGCAUGUUGGGUUUGAGAAAUGGUGUUGGGCUUGCUUCUUGGUUUUGAUAUUUUGCUUGUCAUAGCGUGGUGUGCUGCAUGGACAGGAAAGGUUAUGUGUUUCAUAUGAAGUGUUUACUGAUCCCUACUCUGUAUGUUGAAAUGCGGUUCUGUGCCGCCUUAUUUUGCU